UCAAAGCUAAACCCUACUGAAAAGUUGAACAGCUGAUGAACAUCUUCUCCAUGCUGAUCUUCCUCAUUUCUCUUAUCUUCACCUUCUUCUUAGCCUCUCAGGCUGCAACAAUUCUGGUGGAUGGUGUUUCACAGUGGAAGAAUCCCACUGUUCAUGUGGGAGACUCCAUAAUUUUCAAACACAAGUAUGGGUGCAAGCUCUACAUUUUCCAGAACAACAAGGCCUUCAAUCUCUGCAAUUUCACCCAAGCUACUAUCCUCACCAAACCAAACUCCACUUCCUAUACGUGGCACCCUUCUCGCCCUGGUUUCUUCUACUUUGCUUUCAACAAUGGCUCUCUUAAAACGUGCCAAGGCUCUCAGAAGCUCUCCAUUAAAGCAUCUCCGGCGCUGCUUCCCGGAAAAGCUACCAAAACCCCUUCACCAGAAUUGUCUCCAGAAGCGUCUCCGGCACCAACUUCGGGUGGACCAGUCGUGCCAUCUUCUCCGGCAUAUCCAUGGCCGUUUAGGCCUCGCCAGGAGGCGGUUUCGCCUGCGCCAAGUGCUAGGUCGCCGGUAACGGUGCCGAGUUUAGUGCCAGAUAAAGGUGGCGGCAUCUCUUUUAUCAACAGUAACCCUGCAGUUCCAUUGCCGACUGAUGAAGUUGAUUCUGCAACUAUUCGACCGUUGCCCACCUCUGAUCAUGGAGGACAGGCGGCGAAGGGAUUCCUUGUGGCACCACCAGCGGCGGCAGCUCCCAUGACUGUAUUUUGUGUGGCAUUUCUAGUACUGCUGUAAAAGGAGAGUAGUGAAAUUUUGUUGUAAAUUUAUUUAUAAAAAAAUUGAGUGAUUUAGAGGGUAAAGUAGGUAGGAUCAAGUGGACCAUUAGAUUAUAUUUGCGCGUGUGUGAAAGGCGAU